CGUGCGCGCACUGGAAGAGUCUCGCACCGCCCAUAGCUCUCGUGAUAUAUAUAUAUAUAUACCUAUACGCGGUGUACAUAUUCUACAUGCGCCGAGUCGUCUCGAUAUAUCCUCGGCUUCUCGACCGUGAGCUCCUCAGUAACGCGCGAGACAGCAUACGAUACGUUUGACUACGUGAGUUUGUAUACGAGAUUUUUUUAUUUUUCUACUACUACGCCGAGAUAUACAGAGGAUAUCGAUUUUCGAAGUUUUCAAGAAGAAAGAAAGAUGACGAGCCGGACGCUUCUGGCAGGAGCUCUGGUACUGGCACUUGUGCUCCUGAUUUCCGUCGGAGACAUCGAUGCCAGGAAGAGCAGUAGGAGGGGAGGAAGCAGUGGAUCCUCGGGAUGGGGACUGUCCAAGUCCAGGUCGACACCCAGGAGCAAACCGCAACAGCAGCAACAGAGUCACGGUUCAUCGGGUGGGUCUAAUCCUGGAACGAUAGGAUGGAACGUGCCAGGCUCGAAGCCGGUCGGUAGCGGAACCGCAGCAGGCAGUAGCACCUACCCCAAGGCCUCGGCGCCAAGCGAGCACGUGUCCAAGACUAGCGCUACCAAUGUGCAGUCCGGCUACCCGGGUAGCAGCACUGGAGGCCACGGCAACCCACCACCGUACAGUCCAUCGGGCGGUUACAGCCACGGAGCGCCACCAGCCUACAAUCCAUCAUCCUCCGGUGGUUACCACGGCGGUCCACCUUCCUACUCCGGUGGUUAUCACGGCGGUGCGCCACCGGCAUACUCGUCUGGCGGCUACAACGGCGGCGCCAAUCACGGCUUCAACCCGUCCUACGGCAGCUACGGCAGCGGCCACGGCUUCAACAGCCAACCCGGACAAGGCUACAAUCCGUCCUACGGACACUCGUCCUACGGCUCCCAACCCCAGACUGUGAUCGUCCAGGGCCAGAACUCCAGACCUGGCAUCGGACAGCUGGCUAAGGAGGCCUUCGUUUUUGCCGGUGUCAGCGCUGGUGUCAACGCCGCCGUCAACAGGAUCCUGCCGGGUGGAAUCUACGGACACAGCCCUAGCUACGGCGCCAGCAGCUCUGGCGUAGUGCCACCGGUUUCCCACACCCAGAUCACCUACAACAACUACUACAAUAACGGCACGGGCGAGGCACAACCCGGUGCACCGGCUGGAGCGGCAGCUGUAGCGGCUCCGGUACCACCCGCGGGACCAGCUGCGGCGGCUCCGGCACCUGCGGCCCCUGACACACCACCGGCACCUGGACCCGCCGCCGCGACACCCGCAGCUGAACCUCCUGCCAACGGUCAACAACAGCAGCAGCAAAACGCAGCCAGUCCCACUGGAUUCAUCACCUCCGAUGCGGAACUGCAGAAGCUGACGGAGGAUCUCUUCACCAAGGACACCAACAAUGCGUUCAAGCACAUCACGGUCAAGGUCCAGGGACAAAAGAUGGACGACAGCGUGACUGAUGAUGCUGCGGAAAAUCUUCUGGAGGUGAAACCUGAUGCGUGGGAGAUUCCGACCGUCAAGGCAGUCGUGGCUCUGCUUGACAACUACGAGCUCGACGUCAAGACCAAGGAGACGGUCACGUCGGAGGAGCGCAAGGAAGAAUCCGACCUGCUGGACGCUUUCAUCGCGACCGACGUCAUGAAGACAACGAUGAAGUUCCUCGCGGAGAAGGGCUACGUGCCCAACGACGAGUACGAGUUCAAGGACUCCCUCAAGCGCAUCUGGUUCUCGCAGUUCAAGCGCAUCGACGGCGACCCCUCGAGCUCCGGCUUCGAGACCGUCUUCCUCGCCGAGAAGUUCGACAACGAGAUCAUCGGACUGCACGACUGGAUCUACUUUGCCAAACAGGAAGAGGCCAAGAAGAUCGACUACCUGGGAUACAUCAAGAAACUCGACCUUGGCACUAAUGGCGCAAUCGUAAAGGGACGCUCGAAGCUGAACGACGUUGUCCAGCCCAUCACCACGAUCUUCGUCGGAACUUCGCCCGAGCUCGAGAUGGCCCUGUACACUCUGUGCUUCUACACGCGCCCCAACACCGUGUGUCCCAUCAAGACUGGCGGCGCCGACUUCCUCAUCGUCGCCAACGCCGUCAACUACUUUGGCAAAGACAUCCUCAUCUCGGCGUUCCCCGACAUCUAGACAGUAGCACACGCGCCUCGCGUUUAUUACCUAUAUCUUAGUCGAACAAUUUUCACGAUAUGAAAUUUCGCUAAUACUCCGUAUAUUUUUAACGUAAGAUGACCACUGCGCGUCGAGUGAUAGAUACAUUUUUGAGAGAUUGAGAGCGGACGAGGAUAGAAGAUAGAUUCUUUUUUUUUAUAAUAAUGUAUAAUGGACUGUAUACCAAAACUUGAUAUUACUACUGUUAUAUACAUACAACUUUAUGAGAUAAUGUGCAUGUAAAUAAAUUUUAGCUUUCCGAACAGUUGCUGUUUAAUAAUAAGUUGGCAAUUACGAGAAAUUCGCGAGAUCGAGUAAAUUUAACAUUUUUGCAUUUUUAAGAUUGAUCAAACAAUUUUUUAACAAUCAAACAAUAAAGUUCAUAUGAUGACGAUUUUGUUUCUUGUUUGUCGUUGUCAGGGUGCGAUAUUUAAGUAUUUUAUAAUAGUUGUAGAAAUUAAUUAAAGAAGUAUGCAUACCUUUGUAGCCAAUUUUUGUUUUUCAAUGCCUGACAGAUCCAUUAGUGGUAUCAUUGUUGGUCUUCCAUGUGCACACCGGGUAGGAGCUUUAGUAUCUUGCAAUGUCUGCAGAAGCAAUGUACAUUCUUUGACGUUUAAAGGAUCGCCGAAUUUGAUUGCUUCUGAAAUAUAAGUUUGAAGUAAGAUUUAUUUGGUUUUUAAAAACAUUAUCAUCUAGUCUAUUUAUUCUUAAUUCUCUAUACCGUGACAAGCUUCACUUGCUAUGACAUUAUUUAUACUGAUUGGAAGAACAGGUGGCAAGACACUUUGUGAUAUUGACAAUCCGUCUGCUACUUCUAUUAUUAAUUGUUUAACGUUUUUCAUCAGUCUGUAUAAGUUAUACUCAUUCUUGUAGCCUCUUACUUUUUUUACAAAACAUUUGGGUACAGCAUCAACUACGCAACUAGUUGAACCAAUAAUUGAUUUUAUAUGUAUGCCAACUCUAGUAAGUACCUUUCUAUUUACAGCAAUAACAUCCAACAAAUUUUUGUUUAUAUUUGAUAUUAAUAAAUCUCUAUCCAAUUUCA